GUGACUGGUUGCUUUUUAUGUCAAUCCUGCUGAGCACACUGUCACAACAGUUCAGAAAGCACUGUCCAGUGUACAGUACAAGUGCUACAGCAGUACAGUGUCCAGCCAUGCAGAACAUAAAUAUUGUACCGAGCUGAAACUCUAUAUGUGUCAAGAAUGACAGCCAUGCCAUUGUUGCACUUGAGUGAACAUUGUUUACUGUAAUGAAAUAUACCACCAAGAAUGAAAUGGAGAAGAAGGAGACAAGUGACGAAGGAAACGUUACAAAGAAGGCUCAGUGCAACACUGUGGAAGGCUUAAAAGAGAACUGGCAGAAAUGGGCUAAUGAUCACUGCGAGUAUCAGAAACACAAUCCCUUCAGCAGCAAUAGGACAAUGACUGUGCAAUUCCAGAAAGGAGAGGAAGGCUACGGGACACCCAGAGAGGGAUCAAGAACACAGCAAAGGGGGCAGAGCGCACACGCUCACAUUGAGAAGGAAGUGGACGAACUCUGUAUGAUCAUUAAAAGCAUUGGAGAAACAGGAGAGGAUGGGAAACCCAGGGUGGCAUUUGGGCCUUUGUUUGAGAGAUACGUGACAAUUUCUAAUAAACUUGUAGGGGUCCUGCUGACGGCCAGAAAGCAUGGGCGGAUUUCCUUUGAGGGGGAGAUGCUCUGGCAGAGAAGAGAUGAUGACGUGAUUAUUACAGUGCUGGAAUGAAAGAUUUCUUGAGCUGAAAUCUUCAAUAGCGGUGUAGGUGGUAAUCAGAUCACAGUCAUAGGUAUCUGGAUUAUUCAUUAUAUCAAGUUAAUUAACCUGGGAGUAUCCAAAUCCCACUCUAACAAACGGGCUGGACAAAAAACAGAAACAUCUACAACAACACUGUCAAUAUGAUUUAGGGGAGGUGUGGGCAACCCUGUUCUUAGUUGUUUCAUUGAAUCAAUUCAACCUCCCCCAGGUCCCAAAGCUGUUCGUUAUUCCAUUAUACCUGCCUGGAGGACAAUGACCCUCCAGGACAGGAGUUGCCCCCCUCUGGUUUAGCAUCACUGUGGUCAGUCAGGGCAACACCAGUCUGCAGUGUUUAUGUUCAGGAGGGUUUAGUGAUAAUUACUCUGCACAGUCAUCAUGGAACAUGUGCGGCUUGCCAACAGAUCUCUGUGAUUCUGCUGCCCAUCCCAUUGUGAUUGGAACUGACUUACAAAAGGGGCAUCUUGUAUAUAGUUCAAUGCACAUCAGGGAAGUCAAAUUAAUCUGUUCUGUGGAAUACAGCCCAUUUACACAAUAGUGUGUGCUUCAAAUUGCAGGUACACCCCUCUCCCGAAAAAACCUGCUUUGGAGCAGAAAAGCUCCAAAGAUUGAGCCAAAAAAGAUUCUUCUAUGGAGCAAAAUAUUUAUAAACUAGUUUUACUCCUUUUUUUUGACUCACAGACAUUUCAGUUAGGUCCUAGCCAAUUAGCAUGUUUUGAGAAACAAAAAAAAAAAAACAUUGAGUUAUUUUCUGGUUAUGCAUGUUUAAAACUAUAGAAAAAAAGUGUGGUGAAAAUCAGAAGAAAACGUCCUCACCAACAAUGUUGCCGUAUUUGAUAUAGCAUUUGUAAUUAGUUUUUUACACUGUAUUCAACAAAUCGCCAUAGUUUUUUUUUUUUUUUAGUAAUCAGUAGUUUGUAUUUAAAUAUCAUAUUAAAUUAUGUGCUAAGGUGUUAGUCUCACCAUUAAAAUGAUGUAUUUAAUUUAUUUUUGGCUUUGUUGUAAACAUAUGUGAAGCUAUUUGAUCAAUCUAGAUUUUGUAUUUUUCUUCCAUUCACACUUGUAAAAUCAGCAUCAUAAAAUCGUUUGUAUAAUUAUAGGCCAAUGACUUUGUCAAACUGUGUUUUAAUUGUUUUUAUUAUGUAUUACAGUACUAUUUAUAAUGUAGGAACCGGACUUCAUUAUGUCACAUAA